UGCACUUGACGUCAGUCAUAAUUUGGCGCUGAGAAACAACCCGCUGGUCUCCGGUCAGUUUUACUGCUCGUACAAAGACCGGGAACGUACGGUGCCAACAGGUUCAAAACUGACGUCAGAUCUGUGAACGGAAGCGGAACUGUGCUGCGACUUUAACACUUGGCGCGCGCGCUGCAGUAACUUGGCGCCACAAACAGAGCUAACAGCAGCAGCAGCAGCAGUGCUCGUUUGUUGUGCGGAGAAUUCAGCAGGUUGAGAUUUUGAGACUAAAUAGUUUUUUUUACAACUAUGGCGAAGCUGUCAGAAGGCGCGAUAGAGUCACUUGCAAAUGGCACCAGUGUCAGCGACGCCGUGCUUCAGUUAGUGAACAUUCGCAAGAUUGAUGGAGGAAGUGGGCCAUCUCGCUUUCGGGUGAUGAUGAGUGAUGGACGGCAUACUCUGUCUUCCUUCAUGCUCUCUACCCAGCUGAACUCCAUGGCUGAGGAAAACGUUCUGGCCCAAAACUGCAUCUGCGUUCUCAAGAGACAUGUGACCAACGUCCUGAAGGACGGACGACGAGUGGUGAUCAUUUUGGAAAUCGAUGUCAUCAAACCUGCCCAAGAGGUUGCUGGUAAAAUAGGAGAUCCGGUUCCUUAUACUGAGGGUCAGAGUAAAGGCCCACAGCAAGCCCCAGUCCACGAAAACAGAGCUCCGCUGCAGCCACAGAAUAGAAAUGAAGCAGUGAACAGGGGCUUCAACAGAGACUUUGGGAAAAAGGCGCCGUCUGCUAUGCCCAGUACUCCAGGGGGCUCCUCCAAAGUUGUGCCCAUUGCCAGCCUCAACCCCUACCAGUCCAAGUGGAUGGUCCGUGCACGUGUAACCAACAAAAGUGGGAUUCGCACUUGGAGUAACUCCCGAGGUGAUGGCAAACUCUUCUCCAUGGAGAUUGUAGACGAGAGCGGCGAGAUCCGAGUGACUGGGUUUAACCAAGAGGUGGACAAGUUCUACACGCUGAUUGAAGUUGGCAAGGUCUACUACAUCUCCAAAGGCUCCCUGAAGAUUGCCAACAAACAGUACAGCUCGGUGAAGAACGACUAUGAGAUGACGCUCAAUGGCGAGUCCACCAUCAUCCCGUGCGAGGACAGCUGCGAUGUUCCCAUGAUGCAGUGCGAUUUUGUCUCCAUCGGGGACUUGGAGAGCCGAGACAAAGAUGCCAUUGUUGAUGUUAUCGGAGUGUGCAAGAGUGUAGACGAAGUGACCCGAUUCACAACCAAGGCCAACCGAGAAGUAACUAAGAGAACACUAAAUCUGAUGGACAUGUCUGGGAAGCUGGUGACUGUCACGCUGUGGGGAGAGGAAGCUGAAAAGUUUGAGGGUUCUGGGCAGCCCGUUUUAGCCAUUAAAGGGGCCAAGCUCUCAGACUUUGGAGGCCGCUCACUUUCAGCAUCAUUCGGCAGCACCCUGAUGACCAACCCAGAUAUCCCCGAGGCAUACAAGCUCCGGGCGUGGUAUGACCGGGAAGGCCAUGCCAUGGAUGGACAGUCCCUGACGGAGAUGAAAGGUGGCGGCGGGGGAGGAAACACCAACUGGAAGACUCUGUCUGACGUUAAAACCGAGCAUCUGGGACACGGAGACAAGGCAGACUACUACACCUGCAUAGCCACCAUAGUAUAUCUGCGCAAGGAGAAUUGCCUCUAUCAAGCCUGUCCGAGCCAAGACUGCAACAAAAAAGUGGUUGACCAGCAGAAUGGCAUGUACCGCUGUGAGAAGUGUGAUAAAGAGUUCCCCAACUUCAAGUACCGCCUCAUCCUCUCAGCCAACGUUGCAGAUUACGGGGACAACCAGUGGGUGACCUGCUUCCAGGAGAGCGCCGAGGCCAUCCUGGGCCAGAAUGCUGCUUACCUGGGGCAACUCAAGGACUCGAAUGAAUCUGCGUUUGAUGAGAUCUUCCAACAAGCCAACUUCCACACUUUUGUCUUCCGCAGCAGAGUGAAGCUGGAAACAUACAAUGAUGAAUCCAGGAUUAAGGCCACAGUGAUGGAAGCAAAGCCGGUCGACCACAGAGAAUACAGCAAGAGGCUGAUCAUGAACAUAAUGAAACUGGCUGCUUAGUAAGGGCAGCCAACUUAAAAAAAACAAAAAAAACUAAAUGUGUUUCUUUUUUUUUUAAAUGUGUUUUAGUUCUUUGUUUCACUUUGGUGGAUGAGAGCUGAUGAAGCGACUUCUUUCUUUGUCAAAUAAUGUCUGAUUGGCUGAUUUCUUUAUUGGACUCAACCUUUUUUCCUUUCUUAUUUGAGGAAGAGGAGCAGAGAGUGGGUCAGUAAGCGGUAAUGGAAAUAAUCACUGUGUGUCUUAAGUCGGCCAGCAUUUUGUGCAUAUGCUCUGGUGUUGUGGGGGUGGCGGCUGCCUUUAAGCAGAAGAACAUCACAGUUGUUAGCACUUUUCACCCUCGGUUGCACUCUAAAAAUGCCUGUGCUGGACCUGCACACCCCUGAUAAGAACGUUUACGCUCCCACUCAGUUUUUUUCCCUUUUUUUUCUUCUUCUGUUUUUCUGGCUUCAUCUCUCAUAUUUGGGAAACAUAGACACAUGCACAAUGCAGACCAAACAGGAAGUGUGUUGUAUUAUAUUUAAGUAGUAGUGUUUGCCUUUCCUCUUUGUGUAUCUUGCAGUUGUGAAUAUCUGUGAAUAUUCAACUGUAAAAAUAAAGACAUUUUUCAAGU